AUGCCCAGAAAAGGUGGAAAGAGAAGUUAACAUGAAUUAGCAUUUGUGAUCAAGAGAGGUAAAAUUGGAAUAUACUUGAAGGAGCUAUUAUAAGACACUCGUGAAUUAAUGUACCCCUAUACAGCACUAAGGUUGAAGGAAAAAAAGAAAAACUCAAUCAAGGACUUCAUCUCAGUAGCUGGCUAGUUCGGAGUUACUCACAUGGUAGUAUUUUCUCAAACAGACAAGUCUUGCUAUGUCAGAUUCCUUAAAAAUCCCAAGGGACCUACUAUCACAUUCAAGAUAUAAGACUAUUCACUUGCAAGAGAUGUGAUAAAGUAUUAGUAGAAGAAGAGAGCCUCCAAGAUAUUCUCAAAGACACUCCAGAAUGCCCCGCUGCUUAUCAUGAAUGGAUUUGGGAACAGAGAUGAUAAUGAUGCAUAUAAGAUUGUUUCACUUAUGAUUCAGAGCAUGUUCCCACCUAUCAAAGUGUAAAGUAUGAAUCUAAGUUAGUGCAAAAGAGUUGUUUUGUUUAACUUGGUUACUGACGAGAAUGGGAAGGAAGCUUUAGAAUUUAGACACUUUGGAAUUUCAGCAAGAUAGAGAUCAAUCAACAAAUCAAUCAAGAGAUUGGUCAACAACAAAAAGGUUCCCAAUCUUUCGAGAUACAAUGACAUCUCAGAUUACAUUUACUCCAAAGGAGGUGGUUAUUCAUCUGAGUCAGAAGUUGAUGAUAUCCCUGAAUCCAAGCUUAUUCUACCUGAGGAUUUCCAAGACAAGAAGAAAAAUACUAGUGUUGCCAUAAAAUUACAUGAAAUCGGUCCCCGUCUUAGACUUAAAUUAGUUAAGAUUGAAGAAGGUAUUUGCAGAGGGAAUGUUGUGUUCCACUCUUAUGUUAAGAAAAGCAAGAAAGAGAUCAAGGAUCAGAUGGACGAUUUAAAGAAAAAGAGAGACUCCAAGGCUGAAAGAAAAAGGAUUCAAGAGGAGAAUGUCAAGAGGAAGCAGGCUGAGAAAGAGGCUAAAGAAGGAGGAGACAAGAAAAAGGUUGGAUUUAAAGGUGAUUCAGAUGAAGAAGAGCAAGAGGAUUAUCAUGAGGUUGAAAUUGAUGAGCAAAAGGAUGCUAGAGCUUUGCCUAAGAACAAUACCUACUAUAAAAAGACGGCAAAGAAGGACUUCAGCAAAAAACCAAAUCUAGGCAAAAGAAAUACAAGGGAAAAACCUGCUUAAUUAAUUAAUUUCUUUUAUAUUAAGUUAAAUUGUAAAUUUAAAGAGUAAUCUAUUAAAAUGGCAUAUCAACCUCCAAUAACUUUCGCUAACACUUUUGGCUAACCAUAAAAUAAGCCAAAGAAAUUUGAUGAUGAUCUUUUAGGACUUGGUUUCUCAAAUUCUUCUUCAUCAUUUUCAGGGGGCAAGAAAAAUGAAACUCUAUCAAACAGAAAGAAAGGAGGAAACAACUCUAAUCAGUUAUUCAAUCCAGAUGACAUUCUCUCAAGUUUUGGGGGUGAUUUCUCCAAUAAUAAGUAGAGAACUAAUCUUGGCUUUGAUGAUGAUUAUUAAGAGGAAAAUAUGAAGGAAAGCACUGGUCUACUCAGUUCACAAGGCAGCAAGCCAAUGGCUAAGAAUAUUAACAUGGUGCCUUAAAAUGCAUUGCAGUCAAAAUAGCUGAUGUCGGCUAAAAAUCAAAAAGAAACAAAUGCUACUAACGAGAGACCCAAGAAUCUGUUCCAAAAAUACAUAUUCGAUCCGUUCAAAUAUUAAACUUACUUUGAUACUACUACCUAAGAGAUACAAGAUAAACUGACUGAUGCUCUUUGGCCAUUCAUUCCAAAGAAUCAGCAUCACUUAAUUGAAAAUGAUGCUGAACAAAUUAGGGAGUUCAAGACCAAACCUGCCAUAAAUGAACUUUAUGGGCCUCUCUGGAUUAUGUCUACUCUUAUUAUAGAACUAUGUAUCCUCGGGCAUCUUCAGACGGCAUUAUCGUCUCAUAAGAUUAAGACAUCAUUGACUGAGGAAGAAUUGCUAACAAAGCAAGCAAACUAUAGCUUGCACAAGGUAUUCAAAACUACUUUCUUGUUGCUGAUGUUCUUCGUAAUAAAUCCUUUUGUUUGCUAUCUUGUCUUCAAGAACAAAGGUGCAGUUGAAAUAACAUAUCUGAGUCUAUUUUAGAUUUUCAGCUACUCUUACGCUAUAUUUGUUCCAUUAGCAAUAGUUAACUGUAUCUUAAUCUCAUUCAACAGACUUAGAGUAUUCCUUAUUCUGGGAAGUGCUGCAAUCAGUCUUUAUUAUGUAUACAAAGAGACUAAAGAAUACUUAACCAAAUACAUUGAUGAUCUGACUUUCAAGUACAUCGGAGGCUAUGUUUUGGGUUCAUUGGGCUUUUUCCUCUUACUGUUCAGAUACUAUUUCCUCAGUAUUAUUAUUCAAUAUAUCUCAGAAGCAGAUAAUAUGUCAAAGGCUCAAAAGAAAGGAAAGGCAGUAGACGCUGAAGGUGAAGAUGCACUUAAGGAAGAGAAGGUUACCUACUACGGACCCCCAGUCGUAGGUGCUGGUAAACAGACCGAAAAUCAAUUUGGAGUCUGCCACAUCUUGGCAACAUUCAACAACACCUUCAUCCAUGUUACAGAUCUCUCAGGUAGAGAAACCUACGCCAGAAUCACUGGUGGUAUGAAGGUCAAGGCUGACAGAGAAGAAUCAUCUCCAUAUGCUGCUAUGCUUGCUGCCGUCGACGUUGUCAAGGCCCUUAAGCAAGUUGGUAUUAACGCUGUCCACAUUAAGAUGAGAGCAAGAGGCGGUGUUGAGACCAAGACCCCAGGCCCAGGUGCCCAAUCAGCCCUCAGAGCCCUCGCCAGAAAUGGACUUAAAAUUGGCAGAAUUGAGGAUGUCACUCCCAUUCCCACCGAUACAACCAGAAGAGAUGGUGGUCGCAGAGGUAGAAGACUCUGA